GUCAAGUUCUUUCCCUGGUGACUCGGGACCAGGUCAUCCCUGUCUCCGUCCGAAGCGAGGUGGCUCGCUGGGAGAUGUUGAAAAGUGCGGCAUUGAAAGAAUUAGGAUGACCUCGCCAGCUUCGUGUGGAUUGACGACUAAAGCAGCUCCGUCCGUAAAAAGGUCGCUGGAUUUUUGGCCGCAGACUUCUUUAUAGCAGAUAGGAUGGUGUUUGGUAGCAGCAGAAGUCAUGGCGUCCGCUGCUUUGCUGAAGCUCGAGGAGGCCCGGGAGUCCUUGAACUUCCCAAGCUGCGGGAAGCAGGCGGAGGGCAUGAAGCGCACGAACCCCUCCUGGUCGCUUCCAAAGGCAGGACGUGAUGAUGUGGCCAAAGUCUUCAUCUCCAAGAAGCUGCCGCAGGGCCUCGGCCGCGGUUCGCCCGGCCCUAUCUAUGACCCGAAGCGCGUUCGGCAAAUGCCGGUGACCAGCUUUGCCGGCUCUGAGCGGCCUCCGCUAGGAAAGGCAAAGUAUCCCGACACAUCGAACGACCUGACACAGGUCACUCCGGACUCUCAGCCUUUCAAGUACGGGGAGCCCCGUUCCGCCACCAUGGGCACUUGCCCGCGGGACGUGAUCACCAAUGCUCCUGACCUGAAUGGCUUUCCCAAAGGCCGCAUCUCUCCAGGGCCCAUGCGAUACAACAUCGCCAACUGUCCACCGGCCACGCGGCUACAGCAUGCGCCGGGCUGUGACCAGGUGCCACCAAAGUGGAGCAUCGGGCACAAGACCAAGAUUCUAGAGUUGGAGUCGCAAACUGGUCAGAAAGUUGGGCCUGGCACCUAUCCACUUCCGGAUGCCUGCGGCAAACAAUAUGAAUCGGACAAGAAAAGCAAUCCCACCUGGAGUUGCUGCAAGAAGGACCGAUUUCCGAAGAAGGCGCGCGAGCACGACACUGGCCGCCUUUGGGAUGGUGAAGGAAAGAGAAAAGCACAGUUCAACAGGACUUGCACUGCGCCACCCUCUUUCAGCUUUGGCACCUCCACCCGCUUCCAUGCACAAAAGCUUGCGCGAGUGCUGGCACCGGCAGAUGAGAAGGUCUUUGGCAAGCCACCGAAGGUUGUCCCGCCAGACAUCGCUCCACGUCGGGAGAUUGUGAGGUUCACAGAUGUUCCGAAAGGAGCUUAGUGAGAUGUUGGCAACAUUGGGUCACCCAUGCAAAGAUGCAACCGUCUACAGUUGUGUAAAUGCGCCCGGAGCAAAAGGCUCUUUCGAGAUGUACAGUUUUGGACUGGAAGUCCAAUCGUGUUUCACUCGUGACAGUGUGAAUUGUAAAUAUUUUUCUGAAGUUGCAUAGACCUUUCAAGUAAUUGGUGCGUUUCAAACGUACUUGACAUGCAUCUAGGGUCUUCAGCACGAGGUCGGAGCAGCUUCAGUCGAAGGUGGAGUUUGCUCCUGCACGCUGCGUCGCUCGGGCUGCAUAAACCACCGGGUACAAUUGACUUUCACCUGUGGAUUCGAAGAAUCUGCGGAGCUAGUGACUUCGGUACCCGCUGCAAGCGAUGUGCUGAGGGCAAAACGAUGCAACAUGUUGCAAGGGCACUUGGGCACUCAGCUGAAGCUGGUUCUCGAUUGCUACGACACACUGCUUUGGUGAUUUGCUU